AUGUCUCUCCAGGUUGACGACCGAGGCCGUCGUACCCGUUCGCGCUCACCAGGCCGUCGCGAGCGCAGUCGGAGCCCAGCGGUCCCCGCCAUGGUUGAUUCCCCGCGCGAGCCCAGCUAUGCUUACCCGGAAGACGACCUCGAUGGUGGUAGAUAUGGACGCGAGAGAGGAGGCGCCAACGUCGUCACCGCAGAGCCAGGCGCCAGCCGCGCCAUGUCGGGAGCUAUUCCUUACCCAGAGGACGGCAGCGACGCAAUGUUUCCAGGCACCAGGUCACUCUACGACUACGACGACCCGCGCGGCAGCAAUCCUGCUUACCGUCCGCCCCCAUCCCCGCAAGACAACUACUACCGCAACUCGCGCGAAAAGUACGACGAGCCCCGCGACGACGACAAGCUCAAGUAUCUGCCCGCAAAGUACAGCAGUCACGGUCGCAGUAACAGCAAAUACGGCAACGAGGCCGAAUACGCGCCUCAAAAGCCGCCUCGCCCUGACGCGGGCGACCUGUACCCCCCAGCGAAGCCCCCUCGCCCUGUGUCGCCCGGCGGCUACGCUUACGCUCAGCCGCAGCCCUACGAAUACGCAAAGACCGACGACAAGGCCAAGAAGAAGGAAGAAAAGAAGAAGGCUUUGGAGGAGAACCUCGCAUACGGCUUCGAUCCCAAUGCUUCUAGACCAGGCGGCCUCGCCCCUGAGCCCCGAUACUCUGGUCGCGCACCGAGUCCAGGACCACAGAUCUCGGCCGGCGCCGCGCAGUACUACGCCAACGACCCGCGCGUCUCGUCCAAUGUCCUAACCGUCGAGCCCGGCAGCCGCAGGCGGGACAAGUCGCCCCAGCCGCCUACUCACCGCAUGUCGAACCUCUCUGUAAACACUGGCCACCACUCCAUGAACGUGAGCAUGUCGCUAGCCAACGCACCGGGGUCGCCGCUGCUGGAGUCGUACCACGGCACCUAUCAGGACAUGUCACCCAUGCCGUCACCCAUGCUGCUCCCCUCAUCACACGACCUGCAGGUCAUGGAGCCCCUCUCGCCAAUCGGCUCUGACGACGAAGGCCGACGACGCCGCCGUGCGCGGUUCCACGACAUUGAGGACGAUGCGUCGAGAAUCGCAAAGGCGCUACGCAGUGACAGGAAAAACCCGGACCCGGAGCCGCUUAUUGAGAUCCUGCCCGGCCUCACACACGACCAGGUCAUGGACCUCCGCAAGGAAUACAAGGCUCUCGUCAAGACGGGCGCCGACCGCAAGGGCGUCAACGUGGCCAAGCACAUCCGCUCCCGCCUCAAGGACUCCGAACCGAACCUGAUGAAGGCCUGCUACGCCACGGCGCUCGGUCAGUGGGAGAGCGAGGCGUACUGGGCCAAUUUCUGGUAUCAGGGCGACAAGACGCGUCGGGAGCUGCUCAUCGAGUCACUCAUGGGCCGCACCAACCACGAGAUCCGCCUCAUCAAGGACGGCUUCAGCGAUAAAAAGUACGACAACAGCCUGACAAAGUGCAUGAAGACAGAGCUAAAGGAGGAUAAGUUCAAAAAGGCCGUGCUGAUGGUGCUCGAAGAGCGCCGGAUGGAGGAGUAUGAUCCGUACGGCCGCCGCCUGGCCAUCGACUACCACUCGGUCGAAGAUGAUGUUUCGGACCUGCGCAAGGCCGUCAAGUCGGAAAAGGGCGGCGAGUCGCUCAUGAUUAGCAUCGUCGUGCAGAGGAGCGAUUCGCAUUUGCGCGAGGUGCUCAAGUUGUACGAGCGGACGUACCGUACCAAUUUUGCCCGCGACGCGCUCAAGAAAAGCGGCAACCUAGUGGGAGAACUCCUCGCCCACGUCCUCAACGGCGUCAUCAACAGACCCGUCCGCGACGCCCUGCUAGUCCACCACGCCCUUACAGCAAGCCGUAAGGACGACCUGCGCCGUGAGCUGCUCAUCUCCCGCCUCGUCCGCUUCCAUUGGGACCGUCACCACCUCGAAGCCAUCAAGCGCGCCUACCGGGAGCGGUACGGCCGCGACAUGCAGGAGGCCGUCCGCGAGGGCACCAGCGGCGAGUGGGGCAUGUUCUGUAGAGAGCUGUGUAUCUACCGUAUGCCCGACCAGGUGAAGAGUUACGAAAAAGUGCCGGCGCAGGUGCGGUAA